CUUAUAUAAGCAGCAACAUGAGGGUCCAAACCUCACAACAGUGCUUGACUGGAGGACUUUGCUCGUACGUCCGUUUUCACUUGUAAGCAAUCACAGAGCACUAUGGAGCACGCAUCUCCAUUACGUACAUCGUGUCAGUCUUCCUGCAACAUGACGUUAAACCAUCCUGUGUUCUGCUCAGUGCGUAGCACCAUGACAGAGUUCUGGAAGGAGCACUCCCAGGAGGCCACAGUGGAGGAGAUGAUGCUGGACUCGCGUGCCCUUGAGCUGACUCGGCAGGAGCUGCCCGAGAUCCUGUCCAUACUUCCCAGUCUGGAUGGAUGUCGAGUGCUGGAACUGGGGGCCGGCAUCGGUCGAUACACCAGCCACCUGCUGACACGAGCGGCCCAUGUGACCGCUGUGGACUUCAUGGAGACUUUUGUGGAGAAGAACCGGCAGAGCAACGGUCACCACAGUAACGUUACCUUCCUUCAGGCUGAUGUCACCAAGAUGGAAGUCCCCGAAAACAGCGUUGACUUCAUCUUCUCCAACUGGCUGCUGAUGUACCUCAGUGAUGACGAGCUGCUUUUGGUAUUAAAGAAAAUGCUGAGGUGGUUGCGGCCCGGCGGAUCGCUCUUCUUCAGGGAGUCUUGUAACCAUCGCUCAGGUGACUGUAAACGGGAGUUCAACCCCACAUGUUACCGCACGGAGGCCCAGUACAACCAUCUGACGACGUCAGUUCAAGUGGCGGACCAGCAGGCGGGUCACACGUUUGGUUUCGACAUUGUGCUGAGAAAGAGAGUUCAAGCCUACAUUGAGGUAAAGAACAACCCGAACCAAAUCUGCUGGCUCCUGGACAAGGUCCGGCGUCCUUCAGACACCAAGGACACAUUCAGCACCUUCCAACAGUUCCUGGACAACAAGCAGUACACAAGGAGGGGCAUCCUGCGCUACGAGAAGAUGUUUGGGGCGGGUUAUGUCAGCACAGGCGGGCCUGCCACAACCAAGGAGUUUGUAGACCUGCUCAACCUGCAACCUGGCCAGAAGGUUCUGGAUGUCGGCUGUGGUAUUGGCGGAGGGGACUUCUACAUGGCAAAGACAUUCAAAGUGAAGGUGGUUGGCUUGGACCUCUCAGAGAACAUGGUAGACAUCGCCAUGGAGAGGGCGCUGGCUGAGAGGCUGCCGUUGGUUGAAUUCGAGGUGUCUGAUGCCACUAAGAGGACGUUUCCUGAGGGUUCCUUUGAUGUCAUCUACAGCAGAGACACAAUCUUGCACAUUGCAGACAAGCUCACCCUCUUCAAACGCUUCCAUUCGUGGUUAAAGCCCGGAGGCCAGCUGCUUAUCAGUGACUACUGCUGCGGGGAGAAGCCAUGGACGCCCCAGUUUGAGGCCUACGUCAAACAGCGAGGCUACAUCCUCUACACGCCACCACAGUAUGGAAAGUUCAUUCAGGACGCCGGCUUCUGCAGCGUUCAGGCACAGGACCGGACAGCCCAGUUCAUCCAGGUCAUUGAAGAAGAGCUGCAGCGAGCAGAUGCAGCCAAGAGUGAAUUUAUCCAGGAGUUCUCUGAGGAGGACUUUAGCGACAUAGUGAAAGGUUGGAGGGAGAAACUGGAGCGUUCGAACAGCGGGGACCAGCGAUGGGGCCUCUUUCACGCCAGAAGGAACUGAGUGUUAUUUCCUUUCCACAUUCUCAUUGAUCUGAAGAUGGGCAAUAAAGUCUUCAUUUUUUUCAUUCUA